GUGCGACUUGGCUUUUUGUCGUGUACAGUGCAAGUGUUUUUUCCAGGCAAUCUCACUUCUUUUGAAAACGGUUCUCCACUUAUCUUUUCUAUUAGAAGAUCUAUCUUUUAAAAGAUCCCGAUACUUGAAAGAUAAUAGAUGAUUGAAUGUGGUGGGUAGGGUAGGCUUUGAGUGGCCCACUGGUAAUGUUGUGAUGGAAUAUUCGUGGACUUUGGUGGAGGAGCCAUCUGGUGAGGCUGCAGCUGACCACCACAGACGACCUCUGCAAGGUCGUGGUGACUUCGUUGGAGGGAUUGACAAUGAAGCUUUGGAUUUUAGUCAGCUUGAACACUUCAUUAAUGACGACAAUGAUGAUAAUCACACAUACUUCCAAGACACCCUGACACACAAUGAAAGUGACUCUUCCUCCUCAUCGACAUCCUCAACAUCGUCGAACCGCCGUCUUCCGCCAGUAGAGGGCACGCCCCCUGUGCCCCUGCCUCCUGUGCCCUUGCCCCCUGUGUCGCUGCCCACUGUGUCCCUGCCCCCUGUGCCCCUAACACAAUUCACAUCGCAGCCGCAACCGACCACCGCAACUACUGUCUAUCAGACUACUCAUCAAUCACAUAACCUACCUGAGAGCCCCCCGGAUUCCGGUUCAGAGCCACCAUACUCACCCCGUGCACAUUCUCCACAUCAGAAAGUGACACAAACCGGCGGCAUACAAGAUCUUCUAGUUCCUAAUCAUCUGUUCAGCAAAGGCCUCGACUCAAAUGUGGUGCUAACCGCUUUGCAGCCGGUGCCUGUCAACACACUAGCAUUGGCUGCAGCCCAAGCAGGUCUCACCUGCACCACGACAAGCACACAACCGAUUCCCACCGUCAAGAAACGCAAACUCUCCGAGGAUAACUCAUCAUCAUCGGCUGCCUCGCGCAUCAAUGUCAAACAGGAAAGCUCUGAACUGUGCAACGAUGACGAUCUCAGUUAUCAGGAAGACGGCAACUCUAUCUAUCUGGACUCUAGUAGCUUCCAGUGCAUUCGCUUCCAACCUUUUCAGCAGACGUCUUGGCAUGCGCUCUGUGACCAGAAUCUCAAAGAACUGCUGAUACCGCAUUACAGGGUCGAUGCUGAUAAGGGAUUCAACUUCUCCAACGCUGAUGAUGCCUUUGUCUGUCAAAAGAAGAAUCACUUCCAGAUCACAUGUCACACACAACUGCAAGGAGACGCUCAGUUUGUAAAAACACAGGAUGGCCUGAGAAAAAUCGCCAGUUUUCAUCUUCAUUUCUACGGAGUGAAAGUGGAAUCACCCACUCAAACGAUAAAAGUUGAGCAGUCUCAAAGUGAUCGGAGCAAAAAAGCUUUUCAUCCAGUUCUGGUGGAUUUGCACGGUGAGCAGCUAACAAAAGUCACUGUGGGAAGAUUGCACUUCAGUGAAACAACGUCUAACAACAUGAGAAAGAAAGGGAAACCCAAUCCUGACCAGAGAUACUUCUAUCUUGUCGUUGGACUUCAUGCUCAUUGUAACGAUAACAAUCAUUAUCCAAUCAUUUCUCAUGCUUCAGAAAGGAUAAUAGUGCGGGCGUUUGUGUUUCAGGCUAGCAACCCGGGCCAAUUCGAGAGCGAUGCCGACCUGUGCUGGAGUCGCGGCUCCACUACGGACUCCAUCUAUCACUCGGGUCGCGUCGGGGUCAACACUGACCGUCCGGAUGAGGCACUUGUCGUCCAUGGAAACAUCAAGCUCACAGGUCACAUAGUUCAACCAAGCGAUGCGCGCGCUAAACGCAACAUACGCGAGUUAGACUCGCAACGUCAACUGCGCAACGUGCAAAUGAUGCGAGUCGUAUCCUACGAAUACGACCCUGCCUUCAGCCACCAUUGCCUGGCACCGCCCAUCACCGACACUGGAAUCAUCGCACAGGAGCUGCACAACAUUCUUCCCGAAGCUGUCAUGCCAGCUGGAGACAUUCUGCUGCCUGAUGGCACUAUCAUAGACAACUUUCUGGUCGUCAAUAAGGAACGUAUUCUAAUGGAAAGCGUUGGAGCUGUCAAGGAAUUAUGCAAAGUGACGGAUAACUUGGAAACAAGGAUAGAUCAGUUGGAGAGAAUCAACAAAACGCUAGUCAAGUUGAAGAGCAAUAAUACCUCUACCAUUCAGAAAUCAAGCUUUAAGAGCGGGAAAACGAAAGCGAGCAAUGGAAAGCAAGCAAUGCCUUACAAUCAGCUAAUUCAAAUUGUCAUUGUUAUCCUUGUUCUCAUCAUGGCGUGUUGCCUAAUAUCGAUGACAGCUUUAUAUUUCAUGGAAUUACAUAAACGGGACAGACUGGAUAAACCACUAUACAUACACAAAGGAAAUGAUUACAUAAAAAGGUUUCGCUCUACCACUAUGACAUUCCUGUUAGAUGUAAGGGAAACGGAACAAAAGAAGUCCUAUAUGACCACUUCAGCUCCAGACAGAUCACUUUUCACGAGCGAAUCUGUAAUAAACCAUUUGGCAGCUCCUUGUAGUUUUUCACAUAAAUGCCAGAUGUUCUGUUGUGAUCAGGAUCAAGUGAAAGGAAGUCCGCAUUACAUGGGAGAUCAAUAUCAUUUUCGACCUGAGAUAACUCCUGCAACUAAUGCUAUUGAAGAUAUCAGUGAAAACAGAGGUGUACGCAGACAAAAACAGGAUUCUUCAGGAAACAAUCUGAAGUCUCAUCGGAAUAAACUGGACAGCCUAAGGCGAGAUAAAAGAGAAGAGGAGUGGCUUCAUAUGGAUAUAAACAUUUACCCAAGUUCUGAAACUUUCACUGGUAGUGAUUCGGAAGUAUCAGUGGUCCUAGUGGGAAAUAAUUUCACCUGCUUCCUUGGUUCGGACUAUUGUGAUUCUGGAGAUGUGGAGUAUCUCACAUGUCCAAUAGUCACACCCAACAACUUCACCUAUAUUUUCCCUAUGAACAAAUACUUCUCAGAUUCCUUCAUUGUUCGAUUCUUGUUCUCAGGUACAUGGCGAUUGCAGAUGGUGGAAUUAUGUAGAGGACAACAAGGAACUGCAGCAUCGCCAUUGCAGCAUUCACAGGCAAAAGUGCAUUCUCCAACCGGACUGCAGUUCUCCGUUAGCCUAGGCCAGAGCAAGGUUGCGUCACUUCACUACAGAGUGCCUCUCCUUGAAACAAAUAAUGUUUGCAGCCUGGAAGAUAACAGUGCAUUUUUAGAAUUCAACAUGUUAUUUUACAAGGAGUGCGACGAUUAAGCCUGUAAAGUAGAUAUCAUCUUCAAUCCGUCCAUCAAAGCAUUUAUCCAAUUGAUUCUCCCUCAUUUGAAUUGAAACUUUAAAUUCUCCAUCAUUUUCACAAUUUGUUAAUCUAGUCAAAAAGUUUGAAGUUUCUUAUUAUUGAAAAUGUUUACUAAUGCCGCGGGACUCCGGAAUGUUGGUAGACAUGAGCAAACAUUAGAUCUUUAUCUUCUAAGAUAUUAUAAAGUAUUAUAAGAAGCAUAUUAUACAAAUUUAUAUUCUUAUCUUCAUGCAUUUGGUAACAUGUGCAUAGAAUCAUUUGAUUGUUUGUAUAUAAACAAUAUAAUAAUUAUGUGAAUAAUCAAA